UUAGACGAUGACGAUUGAACUUGGUACUUGACAGUAGGCCGCAGAGCAAAGACAAAAGAAGACGAGAAUAGCAACGCCUGUAUUGUGAGCUUGGUGGAGAAGAAGAACAUGGAGGAUACUACAGAAUCACCGGCUAUACACCCAGCAAUAGCACCACUCUCAUACCUGCUGGGAACAUGGAGAGGCCAAGGGGAAGGUGGGUUUCCCACCAUCAACUCCUUCUCGUACGUUGAACAACUCCAUUUCUCUCACUCUGGCAAGCCCUUCAUAGCUUACACUCAGAAGACCUGGAAAUUGAACUCUGGGGAGCCUAUGCACGCUGAGAGUGGCUUUUGGAGACCCAAACCAGAUGGUACUAUUGAAGUUGUCAUUUCCCAAAGCACUGGCCUUGUUGAAGUUCAGAAAGGGACAUACAGUGCAGAAGAGAAAGUAAUAAAGCUUCAAAGUGAGCUUGUCGGCAAUGCUUCUAAGGUGAGAGAGAUAACCAGAGUUUUUAAGUUGGUAGAUGAAGAACUGUUUUAUGAGGUUAAGAUGGCUACAAAUCUCACAAGUCUUCAACCACAUCUGAAAGCUUCGCUCCAAAGAAUCUGAAGCAACUAUGUUGAAGAAAAAGUGAAGUUUACAAAUUAGCCUCGGAUUUCUAUUCGUAGGUCAUUGCUCUUAUGAAUUUGUUGCAGCUAUCCUCCAGAUUCCACUAUGGCCCAAAGCGGAUAUUAGAGGUACAAAGAAAACCAAGAUAGAUGUUUGCUUUUUUGUAAAUUUAUGGUUUCAUCCCUCGACUUGGUAAUUUCUAGUGAUACACGAAUAACCCUUGCGCAAACUUUGGAUUCAUCUAUCUCAAUGUGACAGACAUUGUUGAAGGCUGUAAUGUUAUUGAAAAGUUGCUAA